UAGUAGAAAAAUAAUAGAGUGUUGCAAUAUUCAAAACCCUUGUCCUAAGUCUUGUGUUGUAUUCCCCUCUUUCUUUCACCACCAAAUACAACUCUCUCUCUCCUUCUCUCUCUAAACAUAUACAUACAACAUACAUAUAUAGAUACAGAGGUGGUAUAUAUAUAGAUAUAACUAGGAAUAUUUGUUUGUGUGGGGUUGUUGUUGGUGGUGUUGAAGAUGAGUAGUGGCAGCAACACUAACACUAACACUAGGGUUUCAAUCCCUGGGGGUGUCAGGAAAACGAUCUUGGACAUAAAAGAGAUCACUGGAAAUCACAGUGAUGAUGAGAUAUAUGCAAUGCUCAAAGAAUGUUGUAUGGAUCCCAAUGAAACUACCCAAAAACUCCUUUUGCAAGAUACAUUCCAUGAAGUAAAAAGCAAACGCGACAGAAGAAGAGAGAAUUUGAACAAGGAGUCUGCUGAACCGAAGUGGAAACCAGCUAUGCAGGGGAGGGGGAACAAGGGGAGUCGGGGAAACUUCACUUCUCGCCAUGUUUCGCUUGAUGCUGGUGGUGGAAGGAACUCUGGAGCUGCUAAGGAAAAUGGAGCCAGUCAUGUUUCUGGGAAGAGUGUCAACCCAUCUUCCAUGCCUACUGUUGAGGGGAAGAAUACUUCAAGCUCAUCAAGUGCCAAAGCCAAUGGGCCUGGUGUUGUAGCUUUUGGGAGUAACAAUGUUCUACCUGAUGCCCGUGCACUAUCAAGAAGAGGGAUUAAGCAAUCUGAAGCCACUGCAGGUGCUGGCUCUAUUAAGUCGGAGAAACCUCUGCAAUCUCCAAGUCAUGAUGUGAACAGAAGCCCUAGAGUGUCUGUGGGAACCGGGGAUAUGCUUGGACACAAGAUGCCAAACUCCCGCAACUCUUCAACAUCCUUGUCUUCACCACCUUCGUCAGGAGCUUUUUCAGCGUCUGAUCUUGUUCUUUUGCCAUCUCAUGAUUCACGACCCCCUGGUGCAGUUGGUACAAUUCGAAGAGAAGUCAGUGGCCAGCGUGCUCCAUUUGAACAUGUUCCUACCAACUGUAAUGGGAGCAAGACAGCCACUGCGGUUUCUGACUCUAGAAGUUCAUCUGUGCAAGUAAACAUGUCAAGCAAAUUUCAGGGGCCUGCAAAGAAUCAGCUUCCGGAGUCCUCACUAAGUGCUUCUUCGGCUCAAGGUGUUCCUUCUCUUAGUAGGCCUACUUCUAAUUACAACAACCGAUCACCAGUGGUUGGGCCACAAAAAGCUGGUCCUGGUAAGGAAUGGAAGCCAAAGCCUACGAACAAUAAUUCUGCUACAUCUGCUGCUGGUUCAUCUGAUAUUUCCACAGUUUCUGCUGAAGUUGAUACUAAACCGCAGCCUCCGGCUGUCGAUGUUGGAACAAAGGAAGGGACUUUGGAACUGCAGCAGAAGUUAGAAAAAUCACACAUUUCAGAUAUUCAGAAUGUCAUUAUCCCUAACCACCUUCAUGUGCCUGAGGCUGAAAAACUUGGUUUCUGUUUUGGAAGUUUUGAAGCUAGCCUGGAUUUAGCCGUGAGCACUAACAAUGCUGCUGAGAGUGAAAAGACUCCAUCACUCUCUGGAACUUCUGAGGGUAUUGAAGAAACGACAACUGAACUUUUGAGGGAUCAAAAUCCAUCAACAACUGCAGAGCGUGCAGAAUGUUCUGAUCAAUCUCCGCCUUCAGGUGGGCAGGAAAAUUUGUCUGCAAAGCCAGAAGAUGUCUCAUCCUCUGUUACUGAGUACAGUGAAUCUAACCAAGAGAAUCUGCAAGGAGGCCAUCAGUAUUCAGUUGUUCAUACAUCCCCGAACUAUAGUUUUGGUUUUGUGCCACCAACGUUAGGCAGUCAGCUCGUGCCUUUUGAAAACUCUGAGUCACAGUCUCGUGAUGUUUCUCGUCUUCCAAACUUUGUCGUUCAGCAACCCGUUGACCCAACAGGCUACUACGCCCAAUUCUACCGUUCGAGUGCUGAUAGUGAUGGCCGCAUUUCACCCUUCCAUUCAGCAGGUGUUUCCCAGUACAAUGGCAGUGUUGCAGUUGUGCCUCCACACACUUCUCAAUCUUCUCAAGAGGGAGGAAACACAGCGGCUCCAACAUCACUUGCAACUCAAACUGCUGGGCUUAUGCAGAGUUCAGCAGCUGUAACUCAGCAACCUCUCCCUGUAUUUCGACAAGCUACAGGGAUGCAUGUGCCUCAUUAUCCUCCAAAUUAUAUCCCAUAUGCUCACUACUUUUCUCCGUAUUAUGUUCCACCAACAGCCAUCCAUCAAUUCUUAAGCAAUGGUGCAUUUCCCCAGCAACCUCAGGCUGGUAGUGUCUAUCCGCCUCCACCAGCUGCUGCUGGCAGAUACUCACUUUCACAAUAUAGGCCAGGAGCUAAUGUAGGAAACUCAACUCACAUUGGAGUGCCUGGGACGUACGGGCCAUAUGGAUCCUCUACAUCCAACUAUAACUCUAGUGCAUCUACAGGACCUGGAAACCCUGCUUCUAAUGAGGAUCUUUCUGCUUCUUCGUUGAGGGAAAAUAAUGUUCACGUGAGUGGUCAACAACAGAGUGAGGGCUCAGGUGUGUGGAUUACUCCAGGUCGAGAUUUAUCCAGCUUGCAAGCAAGUUCUUAUUAUAACCUACCCCAGGGUCAAAUGGCUUUUACUCCCACACAAGCUGGCCAUGGAAACAUUGCUGGUCUUUAUCAUCCACCACAACCAGUGACAGCACAGAGCAUUCACCCGCUUAUGCAACAGGCGCAGACAAUGGCUGGCCCAAUUGAUAUGGUUGGACCAACAGCCACUGUCUAUCAGCAAGCUCAACAUUCACAAAUUAACUGGCCGAGUAGCUACUAAGGACAGCUGGUCCUGCCAUUUGUAAACCAGAAAGAAGAAAUGAUAUUCUUGAUUACAAUUUUGGGGUUACAAUUAGUUUGGAGAUGGAGGAAGUAUCCAGCAAGUGCCGAAAAGACAAUCACUGUGCAGGUUGACUGUAAAUCUAUUAGAAAUGCCCCCCUCCCUGAAAAAAAAAAAUAGAAAAAGAAAAAAAGACGAGGUAUCUCUUUUCUUGCUUGGGAUUGAGGAUUCAAAAGGGUAAAUCCUCCUGUAACGAAUAGUGACAGUCUUUAGUUUGAGGCAGGUAUAAGCAAAUCGGUUUUCCAUUACA